AUGGCAUCGUCUGAAGCAGCAAGAUCUGAGAGAUCUCAACCAGUGUUGAGUGUCCAGGAGCUCAUGAAGAAACCGCUGACAUCAAUUCCUCAACGUUAUAUUCAUCUAGACAGUCAUGAACCUUCAGCUUUCCAAGAUGAAACCUUUUGUAGUGCAAUGAUCCCAACCAUCAACCUGAAAAAAAUGAUUCAUGGAGAAGCUACAGAACUUGAACUAGAGAAAUUGAACUCAGCUUGUAGGGACUGGGGUUUCUUUCAGUUGGUGGACCAUGGAAUCAGCACACCAGUGUUGGAAACGCUUAAGGAUGAGAUUGAAGAAUUCUUCGGGCUUCCCUUGCAAGAAAAGAUGAAGUACAAGAUAAGGCAAGGUGAAGUUGAAGGUUACGGAGCUGUGAUAAGAUCAGAGGAUCAAAAACUUGAUUGGGGUGAUAGGUUCUAUAUGAUGACCAAUCCUCUUAAUAAAAGAAAACCAUAUCUUUUCCCGGACCUUCCUUCAUCACUCAGGACUAUCUUAGAAUCAUACACUGCAGAGUUGCAAAAUGUUGCUAUGAUACUUGUGGGGUUGAUGGGAAAAGCCCUGAAGAUAGAUAAGAGAGAGUGGGAGGUGUUUGAAAACGGGAUGCAAUCUGUGAGGAUGACAUAUUACCCUCCAUGCCCAAAACCAGAGCUUGUUAUGGGCUUCCCUGCUCAUUCAGAUGCAACAGGAAUCACCAUCCUUAACCAAGUGAAUGGAGUGCAUGGCCUCCAGAUUAAGAAACAUGGGAUUUGGAUUCCAGUGAAAAUCAUCUCAGAUGCUUUCAUUGUCAAUAUUGGGGACAUUCUGGAGAUUAUGAGCAAUGGGGCAUAUAAAAGUGUUGAGCACAGGGCAACAGUGAAUUCAGAAAAGGAAAGGAUCUCUAUUGCUAUGUUCUUUCUCCCCAAGUUUCAAUCUGAGAUUGGACCUGCAAUUAGCCUCACAAACCCAGAAAAUCCCCCUUUGUUCAAAAGGAUUGGAAUGGAGAAAUAUGUCAAAGAUUACUUCACUCGUAAGAUGGAUGGAAAGUCGUACUUGGAGCAUAUGAGAAUCACUGAUCAAAAUGUUACCGACACCACAGUUUAG